UUUCGGUGUGUGGAUCGAUUGUAUUCAGAAUGGAAUAUCAUGACACAUCUUUAUACAAUGAGUUAUCAGAAGUCACGAACCAGAUGCUCGACCCAGUCCGCAUCUGUGAUCAUGCGAAUGGUUGAAUCUUCACUCAGUAAACGGAAAUUCCGGCGGUCACUUAUCGAAUACCUGAACAAGUACGCGUACGUUAACGCGAAAGGCUCACAUUUAUGGGAAAUCGUCGAAAAGCAAGCCGUUCUUCACCACGGGAUUUCCCUUCAAAAUGUGGCAAACGCCUACAUCAAACAGCCCGGAUGUCCAAUGGUUUUUGUAACGUUCUCUGGCAAGGAACUCACCGUACACAAUCAGACUCGCUAUUUCUUCUACCAUGAAAUGCGAGACGAUACCAAAUGGACGAUUCCCAUACACUAUCGAACCGAUAGUCAGCCCAAAUCACGAUUGGAGUGGGUGAGAGCUGCUCAUAACAAAGUAAGCUGA